GGCCAGGCGGAGGCUGGGCCGAGGGGCAGCGUCCUGAGCGGACUCGGGGUUAGGAGGGGGGACGCGGGGCCGAGAGGCCGGGAAGGGAGCCGAGGCCACUCGGAGCGGAUAGUCUCUUCGAGCCUGUUUCUCGUCCCUCAAGCGGGGGAGGAGCGCACACGGUUCCGCGGGCCGUCGUGAGAGAUCGCUCUGCUCCCACCACCCCCGUGAGGACCCAGGACCGCCCUGCCGACCCGGGAAACCAGCCGUCCCCCGCGUGAUGGACGAGGAGAGCCUCCAGACCGCGCUCCGGACCUACGGCGCCCAGCUGCAGCAGGUGGAGCUGGCCCUGGGUGCCGGCCUGGAUCCCGCCGAGCUGGCCGACCUGCGCCAGCUCCAGGGAGACCUGAAGGAGCUGAUCCAGCUCACCGAGGCCAGCCUGGUGUCUGUCCGGAAGAGCAAGCUGCUGGCCACCCUGGACGGAGAGCGCCCAGAGCAGGACGCCGCCGAGUACCUGGCUUUCCAGAAGGCUGUUGCUGAAGCAAUGGAGGCGCCAGUAGCCCCCAGGGCAGAACUGGACACUGUUCCUGAAAGAAAGGCUGGGCCAGGACCCAGCCAUCCUGGACUGGAGGAGGAUGAAGGGGAGGACACGGAGGAUGAGGGAGAGCUGAGUGGGACGAAGGUGAACGCCCCCUACCACAGUUCCUGGGGCACCCUGGAGUAUCACAACGCCAUGAUCGUGGGCACGGAAGAGGCAGAGGACGGCUCCGCGGGUGUGCGGGUCCUCUACCUGUACCCCACCCACAAGUCCCUGAAGCCCUGUCCCUUCUUCCUGGAGGGCAAGUGCCGCUUCCUGGACAGCUGCAGGUUCUCCCAUGGGCAGGUGGUCCCUGUGGAUGAGCUGCGCCCCUUCCAGGACCCGGACCUGAGCUCCUUGCAGGCUGGUUCUGCAUGUCUGGCCAAGCAACCAGAUGGUCUCUGGUACCCAGCACGGAUCACUGAUAUGGACAGCGGCUACUACACAGUCAAGUUUGACUCGCUGCUGUUGAAGGAGGCCGUUUUGGAGGGGGACAGCAUCCUUCCCCCACUGCGCCCAGAGCCUGCAGUAUCCUCUGACUCAGACAGUGGUGACCCGGACGAUUCCAGCUAUGCCAGAGUGGUGGAACCCAGCGCCACCGACCACGGGGCCUGCAGCUCUGCCUUUGCGGGCUGGGAGGUGCACACGCGGGGCAUCGGCUCCAGGCUGCUCGCCAAGAUGGGCUAUGAGUUUGGCAAGGCAGUGCCAGCCCCUGUGCCCCCAGGUCUGGGCCGACACUCGGACGGCCGGGUGGAGCCCAUCCACGCUGUGGUGCUGCCUCGAGGGAAGUCGCUGGACCAGUGUGCAGAGAUCCUACAGAAGAGGACCAAGGGCAGCAAGGCUGGCACUAGUCGGGCCCCAAAAUACCGGGGCAGAGGAGGCAGGCCUGGGGGCCGCCCGCCCCCUCGGAGCGUGUUUGACUUUCUGAAUGAGAAGCUGCAGGGCCAGGCUCCUGGGACCCUGGAGGCAGGAGCUGCCACCCCUGGGAGGAGGAGUGGCAAGGAGCUGUACCAUGCCAGCAAGGGCACCAAGAGGGCCCUGAGCCUGCGGCUCUUCCAGACCGAGGAGAAGAUUGAGCAGGCCCAGCGGGACAUCCGGGGCAUCCAGGAGGCCCUCGCCCGCAACACUGGUCGGCACAGCGUGACCGUGGCCCAGCUGCAGGAGAAGCUGGCAGGAGCCCAGCGGCAGCUGGGGCAGCUCCGGGCCCAGGAAGCGGGCCUGCAGCGGGAACAGAGGAAGGCAGACACCCACAAGAAGAUGACAGAGUUCUAGAGCCCAGCACGUGCCAGGGACAGGGCUCGGCUCCAGCUCCCACAGCUUCCGGAAGACCUGCUGUCCUCCAAUAACUAGAUGCCGACAGAAGAGAGGCCACCCCCAGACCAGACCUCACGGUCAGCCUAUUGCCAGGCCGGGGUGUGCGGACAUUGCUGAGUGGAGAUUGGGUACAGGGGUCAUGUCUUGAUGCUCAUGUGCCCACAGAGCCCCCCUGCCAGUGUCUGCUUAUCAAGGACAUUAAAGUGACUUUGUCGCUGUC